AGGGGGGUGUGCUGUAGGUGGCAAUGAGCUUGACCAACUACCACCUAAUAUAUGGCUCUUGUGAAACCUAUUAAGGUUUUCAUUCAAUUUCUUGUUCAAUUUAAUUUUUAUUAUCUAAUAAGAUGGUUAGAUUAAAUUGUCACAUUACGAAUCCUGCAUCUAGGUAGAUUAUUACAUUCUUAUAAUAAUAUUAUAUUAUAGUAAAACAUUCAAUAUUAAAUUAGCAAAUCUAUUUAUCAAAUUCAAUUAUAAUCCAUACCUUCUAACAAUAUUUUUAUUAAAAAAAAAUAAAAUCAUGGACAACACGUGGCAUGACAUCGUCCCUUAAUUGUGGUUUACAUAAUCACAUCUUCAUAAUUUCCCUCCAUUUCCAACGGUUACUCCAUAAUCAUGCUCAAAAUCUUCUUUAAUCAACAAUUAAAUAAGCAUUUCACCGAAUAAUACACUGCCCACUUCCUUCCAAAUUCUCCAUUUAACACACCAAAAUAAAAAAUAAAUAAAAUAAAAACACUCACAAAUACUCCAACAAAACUCACCAUCUCAACAGAAUUUCCACAUCUUAUUAUUAUUUUUAUUUUUUGGGAUUGGAUUAAUUUUAUUUAUUGUUUUGCGGGUGGAGUUGCUAAUGGCUUCCACCACCGCCGUCGCCGUCUCCGCUGCCGGCGCCGGCGCCUCACUGCUGGAUUUUAAUUCCGAUUUGUGUUCAAAGCUCAAACCUUUUCUCUCUCCUCUCACUUGUUCGCCUACUUCCACAUACAAACGUCGUCGUUUCAUAUGCCAAUCCACUAGUACUGAAAAACCAAAGUCAAGGAACGUUUUGGAUAAUGCAAGCAACUUAUUGACAAAUUUCUUAAGUGGAGGAAACCUAGGGUCUAUGCCAACAGCUGAAGGAGCAGUCUCAGAUUUGUUCGGUCGGCCUCUCUUUUUUUCUCUGUAUGAUUGGUUCUUAGAGCAUGGAUCUGUAUAUAAACUUGCUUUCGGACCAAAAGCCUUUGUCGUCGUGUCAGAUCCUAUUGUGGCAAGGCAUAUUCUUAGAGAGAAUGCAUUUUCUUAUGACAAGGGAGUUCUUGCUGAAAUUCUUGAACCAAUAAUGGGUAAAGGAUUAAUACCUGCCGACCUUGAUACUUGGAAGCAAAGAAGAAGAGUCAUUGCUCCUGGGUUUCAUGCCUUAUACCUGGAAGCCAUGGUUAAGGUUUUCACUGACUGCUCUGAGAGAACAACAUUGAAAUUUGAAAAAUUGCUUGAAGAUGUACAAGCGCAGGAUACAAUUGAGCUGGAUCUUGAAGCAGAAUUUUCAAGUUUGGCACUUGAUAUUAUUGGACUUGGUGUCUUCAACUAUGACUUCGGUUCAAUUUCCAAAGAGCCUCCAGUAAUAAAGGCAGUCUACGGGACACUUUUUGAAGCAGAGCAUAGAUCAACUUUCUACAUUCCUUACUGGGUUUGAAAGUUUCCUCUUGCAAGUUGGAUAGUACCAAGGCAGCGGAAGUUCCAAUAUGACCUAAAGGUCAUCAAUGACUGUCUUGAUGGACUCAUAAAAAAUGCCAAAGAGACUAGACAGGAGACGGAUGUUGAGAAACUGCAGCAAAGGGAUUAUUCAAAUCUUAAGGAUGCUAGUCUUUUGCGCUUCUUUGUUGACAUGCGAGGUGCUGAUGUUGAUGAUCGCCAGCUUACGGAUGACCUGAUGACAAUGCUAAUCGCUGGACAUGAAACUACAGCUGCUGUUCUUACUUGGUCUAUUUUCCUUCUUUCUCAGAAUCCUUCCAAAAUGAAGAAGGCUCAAGCUGAAAUAGAUGCAGUAUUAGGCAAGGGAAGAGUAACCUUUGACUCACUUAAAAAAUUGGAGUACAUUAGACUUAUAGUUGUAGAAUCUCUUCGGUUGUAUCCUCAACCUCCUUUGCUCAUCAGACGAUAUCUCAAACCAGAUACAUUACCAGGAGGCUACAAGGGUCAAAAAGAUGGAUACAAGAUUCCCAUUGGGACUGAUAUCUUUAUUUCUGUAUAUAAUCUUCAUAGAUCUCCAUAUUUCUGGGAUAAACCUGAUGAAUUUGAACCAGAGAGAUUUUUAGUCCAGAGAAAAAGUGAGGAUAUAGAAGGAUGGAAUGGCUUUGAUCCAUCUCGGAGUCCUGGAGCUCUGUAUCCUAAUGAGAUUGUAGCAGAUUUUGCGUUCUUGCCUUUUGGUGGUGGACCGAGAAAGUGUGUGGGAGACCAGUUUGCUCUAAUGGAAUCUACAAUUGCUUUGGCCGUGUUGCUUCAGAAGUUUGAUGUUGAAUUGAAAGGUUCGCCAGAUGCAGUGGAACUUGUGACAGGGGCAACAAUUCACACCAAGAAUGGACUUUGGUGCAAACUGAGAAAGAGAGCUAAUGUACAAUAAAUUUCGAGUAACGGCUCAAAUAAUGCAACUUGCACCUUCUAGUGAGACAUUUUGUAAAAAUAGUGUACAUCAUAGUCUUGCUAUUUACUAUCAUAAGUUCAUGGAUUUUGUUGCUGGAAAUCGAAAAUGAAAUAGCAUACUGGCCUGCUAUAGUGUGUUCAUCUUAUAAAUCGCAACAUUCCAGCACUUUCAGAUCA